AUGCCACCCACACCACCCUCGACCACUUCGUCUAGCGCGGGACAUUCACCACCAGACCCUCAAUUCAGAGUUGUGCGCAAGAGGAACCGCGUUCCUUUGUCUUGCGGACCAUGUAGACACCGAAAGUUAAAAUGCAAUCGCGGCCACCCCUGCGACAACUGCACCAAACGGGGAGACUCGCCAUCAUGUACGUAUGCCAGUCCAGGCAAUCGCAAGAAGAGCACGGCCAGCGCUGGGCCCACGACUUCUCCCGACGAUAUGCAAAACCGCAUUGACCGCCUCGAAGGACUUGUUCUCUCAUUAAUGACCAAUGGCGCACAGAGUGCUGGCCCCGCUGCCGCUCAGGCAGCCAUUGCGGCAAGCCUCAAUAGCGCCUCGUCGGACCAGCACUUCGACAUGAGUAAUAUGGGUAGUGGAAUGAGCAAUGGCCCUCCCGAGUCAAUACCAGAGGAAGAUGCAGAUGAGGAGAGCGAGAUGGAGAACGUGACCAAGUCCAUUGGUGUGAUGAAGAUGAAUAAUAACCAUACAAUAUUCGCCUCGGAAGCACAUUGGUAUGCCAUAUUGGGGGAGCUUUCUGAGGUCAAAAGUUACUUUGCCGAACACAAGAAACAGUAUGAAGACCAGCUGAAACGAUACAAAGCGGCCCACAGCGAGGAACGGCCACCUGGCAGAGCAUUUCUCAUGGGUGGACAGAAACCCAGCUCCAAGGCUGAGGUCCUCUCCCGCUUUCCGCCGAAGCCUACCGCCGACAUACUGGUCUCGCGAUUCUUCAACACGUACGAUCCUGGUAUCCACAUUAUACAUGGCCCAUCAUUCCAGAAAGAGUAUGAUAGACAUUGGCUCAAUCCUGAUGAUUCGCCAUGUAUCUGGCUUGGCUUGGUAUACUCCAUGAUGUGCAUAGCGCUGCAAUCGUACACCAGAGCUGGCGAUGAACCGCCUGAGUAUCACAACAAGUCAUGGAGCAUGUCACAAGAGUACGGCGACUUGACAGCGCAAUGUCUGAUCAUGGCAGACAUCACGCAGCCAAUCACCGGCAUGCUAGAGACGCUUAUCCUUCACAUACACGCCGAAUAUGCUCGCAGCAGAGAUGCCGAAGUAGGUGUGCUCAUCAGCACGGGCAUCAUUGUACGGCUGGCGAUGCGAAUGGGCUUGCAUCGAGAUCCAGGCCUAUACCCGGGCAUACCUGUGUUUCAAGGUGAGAUGAGACGACGCGUAUGGGCUGCUAUCCGAUCGAUAGAUUUGCUCUUCUCGGCGCAGGCCGGUUUGCCUCCAAUCGUACGCCCACGAGACACCAACACGGAGAUACCGCGCAAUAUUUACGAUGACGAAUUGUUUGAGGACGUGAAGGUCUUGCCACCAUCAAGGCCAGAGAGCGAGGCGACACCGACCUUGUUUCUCAUCAAUCGGACAAGGCUCAUUUACAAACUGGGAGAAGCGGUAGAACUGACGGAUGCACUGACAUGCUCGUCUUACGAAGAAGUCAUGAAGGUUGACGCCGAGGCACGAGAGCUGCAUGACCAAAUCUCGCCGCACCUGAAGAUGCGAACAAUGGAUGAGUCUGCUCGAGAUCCAUCUACAUUGAUCAUGCAACGCUUCACGUUGGACCUAUCGUACCUCAAGAUUAUUUGUGUACUUCAUCGGAAGUUCCUCGCCUAUGCCAGGGUGCAAUCACGAUUCAGCUACUCGAGGACGGCGGCAAUCAAUGCUUCCAUGACGCUGCUGCAACAUCAAGCAACGCUGCAUCGGGAGUGUCAACCUGGUGGUCGGUUGCGGAGUGUGAAGUGGUUCAUCUCUUCGCUUACUACAGUCGACUUCCUACUCGCCGCUAUGAUUGUUUCUUCCGAUCUAUAUCACACAAUUAGGGUCGAACGUCAGGGGCGAUCUCCGCCCGCAGACAUGUACAUUUGGAGCUCAGAUCGACUUGAUGAGAUGCUUGAAGCGAUCGAAACAGCAGUACACAUAUGGGAUGGCCUCAAGGACCACUCGAUGGAGGCAUACAAGGCGCAUACGACGCUGAGCGUCAUGUUGAACCAACUGAAGAAGGAUCGACUAGUAAGACAGGCGCCAAACGGCUUCCAGGCGGCAUCAACAGCAUUUCAGGCGACAGCGCCCAUGGAUGAUGCAAACGUGGCUCCGGAGCACUCGGCAGCCAUGACACUAGGCAUGCUCAGCACCGGUGGCAUGACACCAAACUCAGCCAACAUGUUUGACCAGCGGUACCCAGCGUCGAUGGCAAAUUUGCUCAACGACCCUAUGCCUCAGCAAUCGACAGGUCUGACACCAAAUUACAAUGGACCGACGAGCGGACCGGAAAACGCUCCCAGUCCGUUCUCGAACCUCUUUGGUGCGAACCUGUUCCAGAACUUGGAUCUUCCUCCUACGGACAACAUCAAUUGGGAUGCUUGGGACAAUUACAUCCAAGGCCCGGGCGUAGACACAUCGAACAACUUUUUCCCAAUGGACUUGAGCGGGAUGCCAAUGCAGACCGAUCAAGCACAUGGAGUAUCAAACGUUGAAGCGACGGCACAACAGCAGGCUCAAAAUACACACGCAAACGCGUUUGGGCGGAACGUAUUCAUGGGUGCUGACCCGAAGACGAGCUCUGGUGAGGGUUAUGCGAUGGGCUUCUUGCUACCUAAGCGGGACCCUUGA